UUCACUUUUGAUCAUGUGACUCUGUCAGGCCUGUUUGUCCUGAUUCCUUUAGUGUGACAUCAGUCGUUGCUGCUGGUUCUUAAACAAACACAAGGCUAGAAGAUGAGUGAGUGUGUGAAGGAGGGAAGAGCAGCGUCUCCAGCUCCCAGCUGUGUGUCUCUGAAGAGUGACCAGUCAAUAGAACUACCCCCAAUAUUCAGUGAUGAACCUGGACCCUCAGACACAAAGCAGCAGAACUCCUGCUGUGUUAUGUGUGAGGACAGACUGAAGGAUCCAGUCUUGAGCAGCUGUGGACACUGGUUCUGCAGACAGUGCAUCAGCUCCUACUGGAACCAGUCUGGACCAUCAGAACACUACUGUCCCCAGUGCAGUGAAAUAUUAAGAAAAAGAGCUGAACUAGACCCAACCAGUAAGACCAGCACCGUCCAAGGUAAGAAUGAACAAGUGGCUGAUGAUGAUUAUGAUGAUUAUGUUGCUCUGCAGGGGACUUUAGAUCAACAUAAGCUCAGUCUGAGGAGCAGAUGUGAACGUGUGAGUGAAGGAGGUGAAACAGGAAGUGGAGUCCUCCUCACCAGCAUCUACACUGACCUCUACAUCACUGAGGGACAGAGUAAAGAGGUGAACACCCAACAUGAGGUGAGGCAGCUGGAGACGGCUUCCAAGAAGAAGAACCUCCAUGAGGCUCCCAUCAAGGUCCAUGACAUCUUUAAAACCUCCUCUGACCCACACGGACCCAUCAGACUGGUUCUGACCAAUGGCUUCGCUGGCGUUGGAAAAAGCUUCUCAGUGCAGAAGUUCACUCUGGACUGGGCUGAAGGCCGGGAAAACCCAGACCUCAGUGUUCUGGUUCUUCUGUCGUUCAGGGAGCUGAACCUGAUCAGAGAUCAGCAGCACAGUCUUCUCACGCUGCUCCAUGUUUUCCAUCCAACGCUCCAGAAGGUCCCAGCAGAGCAGCUCGCUGUCCUCAAGCUUCUGUUCAUCUUUGACGGCCUGGAUGAAAGCAGACUCUCACUGGACUUCAGCCACAGGGAGCUGGUGUCUGACGUCACACACAAGUCAUCGGUCAACGUGCUGCUGACCAACCUCAUCCAGGGGAACCUGCUUCCCUCGGCUCUGGUCUGGAUCACUUCCCGACCCGCAGCGGCCCAUCGGAUCCCUCCUACGUGUGUGGACAGGAUCACAGAAGUACGUGGCUUCACCAACGCCCAGAAGGACGAGUACUUCAGGAGGAGAUCCACAGAGGAUCUGUCCAGCAGAAUCAUCUCACACGUCAGGACGUCCAGGAGCCUCCACAUCAUGUGUCAGAUCCCAGUGUUCUGCUGGAUCACUGCUACGGUUCUGGAGCACAUGUUGACUACAGAGCAGAGAGGAGAGCUGCCCAAGACCCUGACAGACCUGUACUCACACUUCCUGCUGGUCCAGACCAAGAGGAAGAGGAACAAGUACCAUGAGGGACAUGAGACCAGUCCACAGGAGCUGACGGAGGCUGAUGGGGAAGUUCUCCUGAAGCUGGGGGGGCUGGCGUGGGAACAUCUGCAGAAAGCAAACAUCAUGUUCUACCAAGAAGACCUGGAGCAGUGUGGUCUAGACGUCACAGAGGCCUUGGUUCACUCAGGAAUCUGUACAGAGAUCUUCAGAAGAGAGAGUGUGAUCAUUGAGAAAACUGUCUACUGCUUUGUCCAUCUGAGCGUUCAGGAGUUUCUGGCUGCCGUCUACAUCUUCCACUGCUACACCAACAGGACGUCACAGGUUCUGGACAACUUCUUGGAAAAAGAAUGCACCAUGUUCUCCCUUGAUGUCUUUCUAAUGGAAACAAUGACCAAAUCCCAGAACAGUCAAAGUGCUCAUCUCGACCUGUUCGUUCGCUUCCUUCAUGGCCUCUGUCUGGAGUCCAACCAGAGAAUCUUAGGAGGUUUGCUGGGUCACACGAAGAACAUUCAGCAAACCGUUAUAGAGAGAACCAUCAGAAACCUGAAGAAGAUGAACAAUGACCAAAUCUCUCCAGACAGAAGCAUCAACAUCUUCCACUGUCUGAUGGAGAUGAACGAUCGUUCAGUCCAUCAGCAGAUCCAAGACUUCCUGAAGUCAGGGGACAUAUCAGAGAAGAGACUCUCUGCCAUCCACUGCUCAGCUCUGGCCUACAUGCUGCAGAUGUCAGAGGAGGUUCUGGAGGAGUUGGACCUGAAGAAGUACAACGCGUCAUGGGAGGGACGACUGAGACUGAUCCCAGCUGUGAGGAACUGCAGAAAGGCUCAACUUUCUGGCUGUGGACUGUCAGUGACUCAUUGUAAAGUUGUGGCCUCAGCUCUGACGUCCAAUCCUUCACAUCUGACAGAGCUGGACCUGAGUAGAAACUACAAUCUGCCAGAUUGUGGAUUGAAGCUACUUUGUGCUGGACUGGAGAGUCCACACCGUCGACUACAACGUCUAAGAUUGAGUAAAUGCAGCUUGUCAGAGACCAGCUGUGGUUCUCUGGUCUUGGCUCUGAGGUCCAACCCGUCCCAUCUGACAGAACUGGACCUGAGUGAGAACAAGCUGCAGGAUUCAGCAGUGGAGCAGCUGUGCGGUUUCCUGGAGAGUCCAGACUGUCGACUGGACACUCUGAGUUUAAAAGGCUGUGUGUUGCCAAAGAUCAGCCUUGUUUCUCUGGCUCUGAAGUCCAACCCGUCACAUCUGAGAAGACUGGAUCUGAGCGAGAACAGCAUCCAGAACCAAGACAUGAAGAAGCUGUGUGGUUUCCUGCAGAGUCCGGACUGUCGACUGGAGACUCUGAGACUGAGUUCCUGCAGCUUGACAGAGACCAGCUGUGGUUCUCUGGCCUCAGCUCUGAGGUCCAACCCGUCCCAUCUGACAGAACUGGACCUGAGUGAGAACAAACUGCAGGGUUCAGCAGUGGAGCAGCUAUGUGGUUUCCUGGAGAGGCCAGACUGUCGACUGGAGAUUCUGAGGUUGAACAUUUACCGAUCAGUGUUGUGA